AUAAGGAUUCUCUUCUGUAAUAUAAACCUCACCUCUCUGCCUUUAAAAACCAUUAUCAACUUCACCAACAAAACUACACUCAUUUUUCAGAAAAGAGAGAGACAGACAUAUUAGCUAUGUCUUUAGCUUAUUGUGUUAAAGAGAACAAGCCUUGUGUGCGUUGGGUUGAGAGGUAUUUCAAAGACUGCCUCUGCAAUCUCCAGGAUGAUUUCUCUUUUGGCUUUGGGAUCGUUAGUCUAGUCUGUUGGGGAGUUGCAGAGAUCCCUCAAAUCAUCACCAACUUCCACACAAAGUCUAGCCAUGGAGUCUCUUUAGCAUUUCUCCUCACUUGGGUUGCCGGAGAUGUUUUUAAUCUGGUGGGUUGUCUUCUCGAACCAGCAACGUUACCAACGCAGUACUACACAGCUCUGCUCUACACGAUCAGUACUAUAGUAUUGGUGUUGCAAGGCUUGUACUAUGAUCACAUCUACAAAAGGUGGAAAUCCAGACAAAUCAAAGCUAAACUGGGAGAUAAAGAUGAGAAGGAGCCUUUGAAACCUAAGUCAGCUGACACAGGCAUCCCCAUUCCCGGGGCUGAAGUAAAAGCAUAUUCUCGGAGAGAGUAUUACUACACAUCCGCUAGAUCUUUAGCUGGCAGUGGUACUCCCCCCUUUCGAACUUAUCUUAGGGCAGCCCAAAGUGGGCCUUCAACCAUGCGCUUUAACGACGAUUCAUCGUCUGACGAUGAAGCGGCUCCGGUUUCAUCUAAGACUCACUCUGUUAGCCAGCCCAGGCCAAUUCCAAGAUCCGCUGGUUAUGGAACAUUUCUUGCUGUAUCUCUUAAUCUUCCGAUGCAGAGUAAGGCAUUGACAGAAACAAUUGCCGGGUUUAACUCAAGAAGAGUCUUAAAUGGAAGCAGCACGGAGCACAGUGUCUUUGGACAAUGGCUGGGAUGGCUGAUGGCUGCUAUAUACAUGGGCGGUCGACUUCCUCAAAUAUGGCUAAAUAUUAAAAGAGGGAGUGUGGAGGGCUUAAAUCCUCUUAUGUUCCUCUUUGCACUGGUGGCCAAUGUCACUUACGUUUUAAGUAUUCUUGUGAGAAACACUGAAUGGGAAAAUAUAAAAGCCAAUAUGCCAUGGUUGCUGGAUGCCAUAGUCUGCGUGGCGCUGGACUUAUUUAUCAUAUUACAGUAUAUUUAUUACAGAUAUUUCAGAAGGAAAUCUUCAAGUUACGGAGAAGAUCACUACGGACAUAAACAUUACGAGGAUGCAACAAAAGCAACUGUAGCUUGAUUGAUUGCUUCUUGCUUUUAGUGUUGUAAUAUUAUCUAUCAACAAUUUAUUAAGUUGAAGAUCACUCUGUAAGACAAGUUGCCGUUAAUUAAUUAAAUAAAGUCUUGUCAGUGGGUAAGAUUAAGAUUAUAUUUAUGCGGUGAUUCGCCAUUUAGUUCAGUUGAUAGAAGUCCACUUGAAACGUAAAUUGACGUUUGUGGGGUCGUUUGUUUAAAACUUGAGUGAAAAGAUUUUGUUGUGUGGUUAAGAUUCUGAUGGGAUGGAGGGCUUGUCCGCUAGGUACUUUGGAAUUACAUGGAGACGUUGACAUCAACGUUCAAUAUCUGAUUGACUGUGUCACUGUAAUCAACUU